AUGCCCUCUCUGACCCGUAUUGCUCACAUUGGCGCUGCUGGCUCCCUAGGCGCGGCUGUUCUCAAAGAGCUCAUCGACGCCGGUCUCGAGGUUACUGUGCUCUCCCGCACCACAGGAAAGCUCCCCACGGAACUCUCAUCGAAAGUCAAAGAAGUUGCCGUCGACUUCAAAUCAAAGACCGCCAUUGCGGACGCGCUCAAGGGCCAAGAAGCCGUCGUCAGCACCAUUGGAUCAGCUGGACUCUCUCUCCAGGAGACGGUGAUCGAGGCCGCCAUCGACGCGGGCGUCACCCGCUUCAUUCCUUCAGAGUUCGGCAGUGACCUGCAGAACCCUCUUGCUCGUGCACUGCCGGUAUUCGCCGACAAGGUCAAGAUUGAGGACCUCCUGGAGAAGCGGGCCGCAGAGACGGGCCUGUCGUACACAUUCAUCUACAACAACCUCUUCCUCGACUGGGGUCUGAACGUUGGCUUCAUUGCCGACGUGGCUGGCAAGAAGGCCACCAUUUACAACGGAGGCUCAUUUCCCAUCAGUGUGACGAGGCUUUCAACCGUCGGAAAGGCUGUUGUUGGCGUACUGAGAAACCCUGACGCGACAAAGAACCAGACGGUCCGCAUCCACGACGGAAAGCUGACGAAGCGCGAGAUUGUGGAGGCCGCGCAGGGAGUGACGGGCGCCGAUGGCUGGGCAAUUUCGGAGGAGAACACGGCGGACGUGCAGGCGAAGUCAGACAAGGCUCUCUCUGAGGGUAUCUUUGACGAGUGGGUAUGGCUGGGAUACAUUAUCCGCGCCUCGCAGACUGAGGAGGCGAAGCCCGGCUACGAAAGCGUGCAGAACGACCUAUUGGGUCUGAAAGAGCACUCGACCGAGGAGAUGAAGGCUUUGGUCCAGGAGAUUGCAAAGUCUAUUGUAUCUGCUUGA